AUGCCACUGUCAAUUACGUCGUCGAACAGUUCUUCGUCAACAGUUUCUCUUGAGUCCAGAUGGAUUUCCUCAUCGAGUUCCACUAAAAGGUCCGAUAACUCAUCUGGAUAUGGUGUCUUCAACCAUUUAAUCAUUAAAUCCUUCGUCCAACCAUUAGUUGUCGCGGGGGGUAUAAAACGAUUAUCAGCUUUAAAUCGUACUCGAAAUGUCAAUUUUCAGUUUCCAGGAGGGUUUGGUAGCGGAUAUAAUGGUUUUCGACCGGGUGAUUGUUACUGGUUUGGUAUUGUAGCAUUGGGAACGGACUGGGAUCUGGUUCGAGGGGGAAAGGUCUGGAUACACGUCUCGACCUGGAUGGAGACUGGGGGGUGGUUUGCUAGUCCAAAAACGCACAGUGAAGAUUCAGAUGGCGUGGAAGGGGAAGACGAGUCUGAAAGUGAAAAGGGAUUUAAACCAAUAAGAAAAUUAGAAAACAUGAGAAUGUUAUUGGAUCACUACAACUUCAAACACUAUAUACGCCAGAAGAAAUUUUUACAAAAUUAA